UGAAGUGUAAGUCCAAAACUGCGGUUACAAAAGCACAUUUCGUACAUCUCGCUUUGGUUUUACGUAAUUUUCCUCAGUUGAGAUUUCUGUUUAAAGUAUAGAUAUCCUGAAAAAAAUAGAGUGAGUCUUUUUUUCUUAGGGCUUUAUUUCCUUUAUAACCACCGUUCGAGCUUCAACUAUACUAGCAUGAUAGGAAAUUUCCGACGUUUCAAGAGGUUGUUGAAUCUCCCAUGGCGGUGGCCCGGCUGUCCUACAGUGGAGUUAGUGUGGGGAGCACAGCACCGUGAGGGGGCCCGCUGAGAUGAAGGGCAGCACGGACUGCCAGCAGGCCUGAGCCCCGCGUCUGUCCCCGGAGCGCCGGCCCGGUCGCCAUGGACUUCGUGCUGAGCGGAGUAGCGGCGUGCGGCGCCUGUCUGUUCACCAACCCGCUGGAGGUGGUGAAAACUCGGAUGCAGCUGCAAGGGGAGCUGAAGAGCCGCGGCACCUACCAGGUUUACUACCGCAACGUCUUCCACGCCUUUUACACCAUCGGGAAAGUGGACGGGCUGUCCGGCCUGCAGAAGGGGCUGGUGCCCGGCCUCUUCUACCAGUUCUUCAUGAACGGGGUCCGGCUCGGCUCGUACGCCAUCAUCGAGACCUCCGGUCACAUCCACACCAACGGGAGGGUCAGCGCGGUCAAAACCACGCUGGCGGGGGCCGUGGCCGGUGUGGUGGGGGCGGUCAUGGGCAGCCCCAUUUACCUGGUGAAGACUCAUCUCCAGAGCCAGGCCACUUCCUCUAUCGCAGUUGGCCACCAGUACAAACACCAGGGGAUGGUCCACGCUCUGAGGGCCAUCUACAGGCAGCACGGCCUGCUGGGGCUGUGGCGGGGGUCCAGCGCCGCCGUGCCCAGGGUCAGCGUGGGCUCGGCCGCACAGCUGUCCACCUUCUCCUCCUCCAAAGAGCUGGUCAUCGACAUGCAGGUGUUCCCGACUGGCAGCUGGCUGGUGCCCCUGAGUGCGGGCAUGAUCAGCAGCGUGGUGGUGGUUCUGGCCAUGACUCCUUUCGAUGUGGUCAGCACGCGGCUCUACAACCAGCCUGUUGAUCCUCAGGGCAAGGGGCAGCUCUACAAAGGAUUCAGUGACUGCUUUUCCAAGACGCUGAAGAAGGAGGGCUUGGUGGGGCUCUACAAAGGCCUGGGAGCCUCUUAUUUCCGAAUUGGCCCGCACACCAUUCUGUCUUUGUUCUUCUGGGAUGAACUGCGCAAAUUCUACCAGAAGUUGAGAUAGCACCAGGGACGAGGAAGCUGGUAAAUGGGUAACUCAUUAAGUUCUGAGUGCGGAGGUUAAAUGAAUCCACAUUUAGAGAGUUUACGAUUAUGAGGUGAAAGAAAAGCCAAAAGAGGCUCUCUUUUCUUAAUGGGAAAACACAUUAACCAUUAAAUGUGUAAAGAAGAAAACACAUUAAACAUUGAAUGUGUAAAGAAGAAAGCUGGAAGCCGUACUCAGAGGCUCAGUCACAUAUCAUCAGAUAUAUCUGACUGAAAUGGAAGCAUUGAGAUUUGUGAUGGUGGCCGGUCUGGUCUGACAUAAACAUACAGAGUGUGCUGUAUUUCAUCUGGAUUAAUUACAUCAGCCGUCAUGACUCUUUUGUAGCACUUAAACUCAUUAACCGUGUCAUUCCAGAACCUUCAAAUAGGACUUGCACUUUGUAACUCCUGGAGAAAGCAUCAAGCGUGGCCACUGGCUCAGGAAAAGGAGCCGCAUUUAGCCUCAGAAUGAAACAUUUCAGGGUUCAGUGUUGCCGUGAACCUCAAUUUACUAUCUCUGAGUCUUUAUUUUGAAUUAUAGUGGGACCCAAAAGUUUCAGAGGACAUAUUUAUGUGUAGAAGCGGAUAUGAUGGAGUCACACCUCUGAGUGGCUUAAGGUGACAUAAACAAAACAAAUAUAAGCUCAAGACCAUUUUGAAUGAGGCAGGUGUGCUACAACAGAAGGGGAAAUGUAUGGGAAGACUCAGCCAAAGAUUUUUCUUCCUGAGGGCCCAACUUCCCUUAAGCAGAAGUCCAAUCUGUGCUCGGGUCAAAGUUUGGAGCUCAUUAGAAACCCGAGCAUGGAGCUGAUCCAGGGAAGCUGGAAUGUGGAGGGAAAUAACAUUUUGUAUGUAGUUUUUUAUUGGCUCCCUCAUAAGGGGACAUGUCGUAUUGUUUUCCUCAUAAAUCACAUAUAAUGUGAAAAGCUUCUUACUUCAAAUGCCUUAAUAUCUAUCAAGGUUUAAAAAAAGAAUAAAAAAUGCACAAGAUGCACUUUGAACAAUUAUGCAUGAAUUCAAUUCUAUAGUUAUUUGUUUUUAACUUGCUACCAAGCUAUAUUGAAAAUGAUGUAUAUCUAUCUUAUUUAGGUUAGUGUUCCCAUACAUAAUCCUAUAACUCUUUUUAUCUCUACUGUCACACUGGGACCCAUCAGGGAUCGUGUCUCUGUGCGCUUGUGGCCUUACAAUAGUUAGGAAUUCUUUGCUCUUUGUUUUGAUUGGGGCUGGAUGAUGGCUCAGAAUCGUCAGAGCUCUACGCUUUUAUGCUGCUCAGGUCCACCGUUACAGUGGAUCACUAUUAAGUUAGAGCGUUUUCACUUCAGCCAGAUUUGGUGCUUUCUUCAGGACACACAGGCUCCUCCUUCAGAUGUCAAACAAUGUGAGACUCAGUAAUCAUUUUUGCCAAACAUUUGUUAUUUUAAAAUCAUAACAUUUUCCUCAUGAGAUGUUUUAUGUGCCGCAGACAUAAAAAGACACAUUUGUCUACUUAAAUUCCAUCUCACAAAGAAAGAUAGCAAUGCUUCUAGAUUCUAGGUUGUGGGUUUACUUUAAUAUUUCAAAGUUUUGGCCUUCUUAGUGUGGGCAUAAUCCUCCAAUGGGAGCCUUUUCUACUUUUAAAGUACCUUUUUCUCCUCAGUAUAUUAAUACCUGCUAGCGCUAUAGGAGUCUUUUAUGCAAGUCAUAUUUUUUCAAUUUGUUUGUUAAAACUUCCAGCCUGAGUAGUCGUGUCAUAAGCAUCAGGCUGAUGGAGCAGUUUCAGGGUGGCUCAGCCUGCGCCAGACCUCCUUAUGAGGCUGAAAGUCCAGGCACUUUUGACCAGAAAUGACCUCCUUCGCAGAAACCUUUUACCAAACUGUCUGCCUUUAAUCGUUACACCUGCUUCUCACCAUGCAACUCCUGUGCCAUCCUGCCAACACCUUUUGUUUUUAUUAAAAUGGAACCUGUUCACAGUGAAAUGACCACAAAGUUGAAGACAGAGUUUAUUUUUUAUCUGCCGUCCCUUUAUUGCCUUGAAAUAUUCAAACUUCAGAAGAGAGUCUGAGGUUGAGGGGUAAUAAUGGGAAGUUUCUAUAAGAAUUCUGGGUGAAAAAGAAGUCUGUCAAGAUCAUAUGUAUUUGCAUUUUUAAGUUGAGUGCACUAGUGAUGAUUGUUAGAAGCUAAAUUUGAUUGAAUGUGUUACAACGUUUGUUGCUCAACGGACAGAAGGGAGCAAAUAAACUAUCUGACCUUUUGACAG